GUGAGAACUAGAAUAGAUAACCUCCUGAGACCCAGGGAUUUUUGUUGUUUUUUCUAAUUAACUCCUAAGUGACUAAUACUAGGCCAUUAACUACAACUCAGUUGAGUCCUGAGCGUAAACUGAUGUAUACUUAAACAAAUUCCUGAGUGCCUAGUAUUAGUCACUUAACUUCAAAAUUCUCUCCAUGGCUUGCUGGUUAUCAGACUGCCCCAUAGGGGGUAGCACUGUACAGGUUAGAAUGUUCCUUGUUGAUGUAGUUCCUCAACUCACCGCUAGGGUGCGUCAGUGUGACACAGCAUUGAAACAAACAAGAUGGCAACACCACCCAGAAAAUCAUCCUCUACAAAUCAACGAUUGACACCAAGAAAAAUCAAUGCUUGUCUGUUUGGGACUGAUGAUUCUGAGAUCGAGGAUUUCAAUGAUGAAGAAAAUGAAGAUAAUGUCCUCAGUGCCAGCACAAGAGAGCAAUCUUUAUUUCAAGCGAAUUGGAGUGACAAUACUGACAGCGACCCUGACUAUCAUCCCUCAACUAGUGACAGCGAUAACGAACCCACAACAUCAACAGCAGUAAAGAAAAAUCAACUAGCCAAAAGGAAGAAAAAUACUAAACUGCAACCACCAAUCAAGAGAACAAAGAACAUACCUACUGCCGAACCAUGGAGAAAAGGCAUUUUUUCUCCUGAUCCUGUGACUCUUCACGAACCUUCGUAUAUACCACUGGACUGUACGAAUUGGAGUAAUGAGAAGUUUGUUGAACUAUAUUAUGAUGAUGAUAUUCUUUUACAAUUUGUGGAGAAAAGCAACCAGACUUAUGUACUUAAGACAGGUAAAAGUUUGAACUUAUCUUUGAGAGAAUUCAAAGUUUGGUUGGGAGUAAAUUUUGUAAUGUCAUCCCUACAGUUGCCCCAAAUACGUAUGUAUUGGGACAAGGAAUGGAGAGUUGCUGUAGUUGCUGAUCAUAUGUCUAGGGACAGGUUUUUUCAAAUAAGAAAUUCACUAAAAAUUGUCUUUGAUGAUGACAUUAAUGAAGAGCAAAGGAAAGCCGAUAGGCUAUGGAAAAUAAGACCACUGAUUGACCGUGUUUUGUUAGGAUGCUUAAAACAAACCAGAAAUCAACACAUCUGUAUAGAUGAGAUGAUGAUACCCUUCAGUGGCACAAGUGACUUAAAACAGUACAUUCCCAACAAGCCCAACCCCUUAGGAAUUAAGGUAUUUGUUUUGGCUAAUCCUACUGGGAUUAUAUGUGACUUUGUGGUUUACCAGAAUCAGACCACCUUUACUCAAGAUAUUGCUGGAAGCUUUUGGCAAUGUGAGUCUGCCGUUCUUUAUCUAACUCGGUCUUUAGUUCCUGGUCAUGUCAUUUACAUCGACAGAUAUUUUAAUACUGUACGAUUAGCUGAAGAACUUCUUAAUCGUGGAAUUAGAUGCUCAGGGACUUUAAGGAAGGAUAGGCUUCCCCAGGAUAAUGAUCUUCCUGACGACAAGAUUUUUAAGAAAAGCCAAAGUAGGGGUUCAGCCACUGUCAGUGUUCGCGCCGAUGGUGCGAUAGCAUUAACAAAGUGGCUGGAUAACAAAUCCGUAACUAUGAUCUCAACUAAUGAGUCCGUUGAGCCCAUGUGUGAGGUUAAAAGGUGGUCAAAGGCUGAGAAGAGGUAUAUUCAAGUGUCCCAACCAAGUGUGGUGCAGUCAUACAACAAAAAUAUGGGAGGGGUGGAUUUGAUAGACAGAAUACUAUCUUAUUGCCCUUCGAGAUCUAGAACUAAAAAAUGGACAGUUAGAUGUUUAUUGCACUUUUUUGAUGUAGCCCUAGGAAAUGCAUGGCUUCAGAUGAGGGAGAUUAAGAAAUCGUCAGGAGUAUCUCCCAAGGACAUUGUUCAAUUCAGGCAUUUCAAGUUGGAAUUAGGUAAAUCCAUGAUUGAGAAGAAUAGUGUUCGUCUGGAUGUUGAUGAAAAUGGGGAUGAAGAUCAAGGACACCAAGAAGAAGGAUUUUUGGAUCGUAGGAAGAGUGCGGGCCCAUGUUUAGAGAAAAGACUGCAAGGCGCCACCCACUUACCGGAGGUGACAAAGAAAAUCCAAAAGAGGUGUGCUCUUCCAAAGUGUUUAAAAAAAUCUACUGUUUUUUGUACACAGUGCAAAGUUUAUCUUUGCCUUGUAGAUGGAAGGAACUGUUUUGCUAAAUACCACACAAAGUAAUUUGAGGGUCAUGAUUUAAAAAUCCUAAUUAACUUAGUAUUUUUAAUUAACUCAAAAAUCAACAGAAACCAUGGAAGUCUGAUUACGAUAGCUCAGUGCAGUAUUUUUAAUUCUUUUGUACUCAUGUUAAUUGACACUCAAUAAAAUAUAUGGUUUAACUGGA